GGCAGUGUAACACCAUUAAUCAGGAAUGACCUUGCGUUAGUUUACAGCUGUUUUUGUGCCGUGUGUACGCUCGAGGAGGUCACUUAUGUUUCAGAAAGGAGGCAGAUCGCAUCGACACACGCAAUAACCGCGCUACAACAGGAAUAUUCAGUGUUUGACUCCAAUCUGCAUGUUCCAUGGGCAGCAGAACUAGCGGUCUCUACAGUGCCCUGGUUAAGACCGUCAGCAGACCAGCUCUCCCUCACCCGUGUGACUCCACUUACAAUCCAGGUAACGAUCUGGAUCUGGAUCAAGACCCAGCGGACCCUUUGAAGCUGUUGCAGGAAUGUAGAGAGGUUUUGAGAAACCGGCCAGCACAGCUGCAGAGAGCUUUCAUUCAGACCGGGCAUGGAGACGCCAGGCAGACCAUCAGAGUUAUGCAGUGGAAUGUACUUGCACAAGCAUUAGGUGAAGGCAUGGACAGUUUUGUGCAGUGCCCCAUGGAUGCUCUGAACUGGGCUGAAAGGAAGUAUUUGAUCCUGCAGGAGAUCCUAACCUACAAACCAGACAUCAUUUGCCUACAGGAAGUUGAUCACUACUUUGACAUGUUUCAGCCUGUCCUGGCAAGUUUGGGCUACCAGAGCAGUUUCUGCCCCAAACCCUGGUCUCCAUGUCUGGAUGUGGAGAACAACAAUGGCCCAGACGGCUGUGCUCUGUUCUUCAAUCACAAACGCUUCCAGUCACUUAACACAACACACCUACGACUGUCCGCCAUGAUGCUGAAGACCAAUCAGGUGGCGAUCAUCGCCGCUCUACGCUGCCGAGCAACAGAGCGUGCGUUUUGUGUCACGGUGACGCACCUGAAGGCACGGAGUGGUUGGGAGGUCCUACGCAGCGCGCAGGGCUCGGAUCUGCUACGGAAUCUACGAAACGUUGCACAGAGAAUCGAGACCGAAGAAAAAACAGAUACCGACGUUCCUCUGAUCGUAUGUGGCGAUUUUAAUGCCGAGCCGUCAGAAGACGUCUAUAGGAAUUUCGCAACAUCUAGUCUGGGAUUGGACAGUGCGUAUAAGCAUUUGAGUACAGAUGGGAAAACCGAGCCUCCUUACACGACGUGGAAGAUCCGGCCCAGCGGCGAGAGCUGCCACACACUGGAUUACGUGUGGUAUUCACACAGAGCGUUUGAUGUUAAUGCGGUUCUGGACUUUCCUACAGCCGAACAAAUUGGACCCAAUAGGCUUCCUUCCUAUAACUACCCUUCAGAUCACCUCUCCCUCGUCUGUGACUUCAGCUUCAAGGAUCCGGCGCUUGUCUCCCAGUAAUUACAGACAUGCUAGUUAUUUUGCAAGACAUUCACCACAAGUCGAAACUUGUGUAGGCACAGCAUUUCUACAUAUUUUGCAUCGUUCAUGACUCAUUAACGAUUCAGUCAGUAUAUUCCAAAAAAGGUACACAAAAAUGAAAACGCUCCAUUUCGCAUUCUUUAGAGAUUUAUUUUCAUUUUCAAAAACUGCAGCACGACAAAACCUUCACGAAGCAUAAAAAUCAGUGUCAAAGUAGUCCGUACAGUACAAAAUACAGUUUGUUCAUACAAUACGAUAGCUUUGGGUGAAAUCUAUUCAAUUUUUGCUCAAACUGCAAUCAGAAGUGUUGCCUCAAGACUUGUCAUAUCAGGUUAGGCAUUAAUAGAGAGCUGUAGUGGAUGGAUUAUUUUCAAGAAGGAUCUUAAAUAUCAGUCUGUCGCUCACACAAAGUUAUAGCAUGGCUUCAGAAAUAUAAUCAUACUAGAGCUGCACGAUUAAGAUCGCGAUCUCGAUUCAAACACCAAUGCAAUCCUAUUUUUAAAUGACAGCAAUUCACCCGUCUAUUAAAAAAAAAAAUCAAUCAUACUGGAUCAUUCAAAUCUGUGUGAUUUCAAUCUUAACUGCUGAGCAAUAAUAUUUUGUCACACAUUAUUUUGUUUAGUUCAGAAUCGUGGGAGGAUUGUGAACUCUGUUUGGGACAAAUAAAUCGUGCUUCUCAAUUUAUCCAGAAUCUUGCAGCUCUGAAUCAUACUGUGGACAUGUGGAUUGUUUCUGUGGAGCUCACCAGUGUGAAAUUGUUGUUUUAUGGAAAAGAGCAGCUUGGACAUUAGCUAAAAUAUCUCCUUUUGUGUUCCACAGAGGAAAGUAAGUCAUAAAGGUCAGGAAAAGACAUAAGAAUGAGUAAAUGAUAGCACAAUAUUCAGUUUGGUGUGAUAUUAUUCCUUUAAGCUCUUGUAUGUUCCUGACUUUGAGAAUGUAGGUUUAAAAGCAAAAUGUUACUUUUUUUUUUAUUCCUAAUAUAUGACUCAAAAAUUUGUUGGGUCUUAUUGUUGGUAAUGUCAUGAAGGUGUGCACAAAUAAAUCUGUUGCAUUGUGGUAUUUCAUAUUGACGAAAAUAAAGUAUGUUUGGGAGGGUGUCAAAUUCUGCAUAUAAUGUAA